AUGAAAAUUACAUGCGGACCAGCAACAGUACUAACUCAAGAUGAAGAAGAUUUAUUACAAACUUGGAUUAUUGAUAGUUGUAGGAAAGGUUUUCCAAGACGAAAGGAAGACUUAUUAAAUAGUGUUCAGAAAUUCCUGGAAACUAACAAAAGACAAAAUCCUUUUAAAAAUAAUUUGCCAGGCUUUGGGUGGUACAAAGCAUUUAUGAGAAGACACCCAUUAAUUUCUGUACGUACUAGUGAACAUGUCACAUCAGCGAAUGCAUGUAUCAGUGAAACAGAUAUCAAAAAAUGGUUUUCUGAAGUUCAUCUAUAUUUAGUAGAAAAUGGUUUGAAUGAAAUAUUAGAAGAUCCAACUAGAGUGUUUAAUGGAGAUGAAACUGGCUUUUCAUUAUGUCCCAAGAAUAAAACUGUUCUAGCUUCUAAGAUUUACAAAUUGUUAAGUGGUUGUACUGAUAAUGUUUUAAAUGAUAAUGAGAACUGUACUACAAAAGCCUGUACAAAUAAUUCAUGCAAAGAAAUUGAUGACGAUAAUGUAAUUUUAGUUCCUGAAGAAAUUAAUGAAGAUAAUGUAAUUUUAGUUCCUGAAGAAAUUAAUGAAGAUAAUGUAAUUUUAGUUCCUGAAGAAAUUAAUGAAAGCUUUUGGGAUAGUAGUGAUAUAGUUGAAGAUAUGAUAUUAGAAAAGAAAACUAAUCAAGAGGAGAUGACUAUGAGUGUAGAAGAAACCCCAAAUUUGUUCUUAAAUAUUAUUAGUGAAAAUCAGAAUAUCCAAGAUGAAAUGGAAAUAGAGGGAGCUUUAGAGACACCAAGAACUAUAAAUAAAAAAGUAUUUAAAAUAUCUCCUCUACAAUCAUGUCUUGUUUGGCCAGUCACUCCAGAAAGAAAGGGAAAACGUUCUACUGAAAGAAUACCGUAUGUUAUAUCAUCAGAAAGUUGGCAGAAUAUACAACAGACUAAAGCAGAAAAGAAAAGAAAAAUUGAGAUGGAAAAAGAAGACAGAAAAAAAUAUAGAAUUGAAAACAGGUUGAAGAAGAGUAGUUUAACUGGAAAAUCUCUUAAAAAACAACCAACUCGUGUCGAAAAGUUAAAGGUUGCAAGAAAUAUAUUUCCUGAAAAAAUCAUUAAAAAAAAAAUACCAACUGAAACUAUAACUAGUGAAGCAUUAGCUAAACAAAUUGAUAACCAUAAAAAUGUAGUGUUAUUUAAUGUUGAUGAUGAUGAGAGUGUUAAUGAUGUAAUAACUUAUGUUACAGUAGGACUGUGUUUUAGCUGUGGAAAAAACUUAAGCGAAAUAUCAAAAGGUGUUGAUUGUACUUUUUGUUCCCAUAUGUACCAUUUGAAAUGUUUAACCAAAGAUGAAUUCUGUGAUUUAGGUGUAGGAGAAUCAUUUCUAUUUAUUUGCAAACCGUGCCAAAACCACUUAAAGUAG